AUGCCGAUGAUAGUGGGGAACAAGCACGAAUUCACAACACUUCCAACACACAGUAAUAUUCUUGAUCUUGACAAAGAAAGGGUGAAUUAUAUUCACUCAAAAUUAUUAUUGUCAUCCAAAAAUAACAAAAUUGAUCAAAAAUUAGCUUCUUCAGCUAACCUAACAGCUAAAUCUGGCAGCCUUAUUGGAUCAGCAAACUAUUUUGUUACCGUUGGACUUGGUACUCCUAUAAGGAAUUUGUCACUUGUUUUUGAUACUGGUAGUGAUCUUACAUGGACUCAGUGUCAACCUUGUUCUCUUUCUUGUUACAAUCAGCAAGAUGAUAUUUUUGAUCCAUCAAUGUCUACAUCUUAUAGCAAUAUCACUUGUACAUCUUCAGAUUGCACUCAGAUCUAUGCUGCUACAGGAAGGGAUCCACGUUGUGCUAGAUUAACAAACGCAUGUAUAUAUAAGAUCCAAUAUGCCGAUGAAUCAUUUUCUGAAGGAUAUAUUAGCCAAGAACGACUAACCAUAACUCAAACGGACGCCAUUGAUAAUUUUUUAUUCGGCUGCGGACAAAACAACCAAGGCCUAUUCAACGGCUCUGCGGGCCUCUUAGGCCUUGGUCGUCAUCCAAUCUCUUUCAUCGAACAAACAUCUCAAUUAUACAACAAAACAUUCUCUUAUUGUCUUCCUUCCACUUCCAGCGACACCAGUUACCUUACAUUUGGUGCCACCAAUGAUAGUGAUGUUAAAUACACCCCCUUCUCUAAUGUUUCUAAUAACAGUUCCUUCUACGGCCUUGACAUUAUUGGAAUAAGUGUUGGUGGGACCCAACUUCCAAUCUCAUCAUCUACUUUCUUCUCUGGUGGAGCUAUCAUUGACUCUGGCACCGUCAUUACACGGCUGCCAUUGACUGCCUAUGUCAACCUUCGUGAUUCCUUCCAGAAAGGAAUGACGAAGUAUCCAAUUGCUUCAUCGUUUUCAAUUUUGGACACAUGUUAUGAUUUUAGCGGCAACGAAAUGAUUUCUAUUCCAAAGAUUAGAUUUUUCUUUCGCGGUGGUGUAGCGGUGGAACUAGCCGCGCUAGGGAUACUUUACGCGGAAAGUUUGGAUCAAGUUUGUUUGGCGUUUGCGGCGAAUGAAGAUGAUAGUGAUAUUACUAUCUUUGGGAAUGUGCAACAAAGAACACUAAAGGUUGUUUAUGAUGUUGGUGGUGGUAAGAUUGGGUUUGGUUCAAAUGGUUGCAAGUGAAGUUAGUUUUGAUCAAUGAAUCAUUCUUAUUUGAAAACACACACACACACACACA